AUUCGUCGUCGUGCGACGUUGUAGCGGUAAAUACCAAAAAAUUAAAAAACAACAAGAAUUUUCCGAAAUUUUCCAAACGCGCGUGGAAUAACUGUCUAUUUCCUCCCACUCCACUCCGGGCAUGCCGCGAAAACAGUAAAUCAAACAAAGUAUAAUAAAGUUUAUUGUCUUGUUUGCCAACAAAAUGAGUUCUACAAGUGCAUGUUUAUUGGUCUCUUUCGCUCUCUGAAAUCGUAAACAAAUUGUGGAAAAAGUCAAGUAUAUAUAAAUACAACAUAAAUGUUUAAAUCCAACGCGUUCGUUGCCGAUAAAAUAUUUGUGUUUGGAGUGAGCCGCAACAACAGCAGCGACGUCAGCAGUGCGUGGUGCAAGUGUAUUGGUGUUUAACACGGCCGUCCGAUAUACAUAUAUACACGCGUAUAUGCCAGAAUAGCGCGCCGCCCCUCUUGGCAGUGUGAGUGCAUCUGACGUACAUACGUAUGUACAUACACACCCGCAAGUAAAUAAGAAGAAAUUAGCGCAACACCAAAAAAGUGAAAUUUUCUUCCAUAAAAGUCGAGGAAAAUAUCAAUUCUUUGCAUAAGGUGAUUGUUUUGUGUGUGUAAGUGGAAAAUUAAUAUCAACUCCCAGGCUGGACGCAGAGGUAGCAGCAGCAUCGGCAGCGAUAGCACCCACAGCAAUAACGGAUUUUUGCUCUCCACGCGGUUGCCCAAGAUACAGAAUCACGACGACGCGACGUGCGAAAAUGGCCAAAAUGGAGGUCGACGAUGUGGUCGACUUGAGUCUGAGCUCUGGCCGGGAUCCGGCGUUAACCAUAACGCCGGCGCCGUCUUCAACAGCGCUCAGCAAUCGGGAUCUGCGGGCACUGACGGCCAAUAACACGGGUCUAACCAUAACGCCGUCUCCAACGCCAGCGCCAACAGCAGCAGCAGGCGCUGCUGCCACAAUUCCCGCCACCAGUAGCAACACCAGCAGCAGCAGCACCAGCAACAACAACAACAACAGUAGCACUGGGAAUGGCACGGCAGGCAGCAGUCCCACCAACAGCAGCUCCACGAACAGCACCGCCACUCCCAGCAUCAACAAUACAACAACAAACAACAGCUCCAGCGGGGGGACUGCAGAAGGAGGAGUACUCACUGGUGGCGGCGGCAGCGGUGUGGAUGAGAACAAGGUGCAAAGGCGAGUGCUACGGCCCCGCACGGAACCCAAGUCAUAUGCCGAGGCGCCCGACAUUGUGCUGCUGCCUGCACGCACCAAUGGACGGCAGCAGAAUGGCAACAUUGACUCGGAGACGGACGAUGAGGAGAUGCCGCCGUAUGUGCCCAUCAAGGAGCUGUCCCACGCCGAGCUGAAGGAGCGCGAGAAGAGUCUGCGCAGGCUGCGGCAGGAUCUGCGGAAUGAGGAGACCAAGUUGAUGCUGCUCAAGAAGCUGAAGCAGUCGCAGCAGGUGAUGAAGGAGAAUAUGGUGGUAACGCCGACCAGCGUGUCGCCCAACAAUCCGCUGUCCGCCAUACCAGCCGCCCUCACCUCCAAGGGAUCGCUGAGUGUGACGCCCACGUCGGCGGUGCCCCAGCCGGCGCACAGCAAGGGUCGCAGCAGUCUGGGCGGCAGUGCAGCUGCCGUAAGCAUCAGCGCCACCAACAGCCGGACGGGCAGCUCCAGCUCUGCGGCAGUUGCUGCCUCGGCCAUUGCGGCCGCAGCGGCGGCACUAAGCGGAUCGCAGCGUGGCAGCCUCAGCAGCAACUCGAUCCUCCCGCCACCCAGAGCCUCAUUACCGCCCGGCGCCACAUUGGCCGCGGGCACAACCAUCACGCCUGCCACCUCCUCAUCGCACCGGUCGAGCGCACUGCCGCCGCGCACCAACCUGCCGAAUCUCACCAUCACGCCCUCGGUGACCAUCACGCCAACGUCGGCGCCGCCUUCCAGUCUGAAAGCACGCAAUGUACCUGGAACCAUAAGCAAUUCUGUUUCCAUCACACCGGCGCCGCCGCUAUCGCAAGCGCAUCAGAAUCAACUGAACGAUCUAAAGAAUGAUCGCUCGACGCCACGCGAGGAUGCACAGACGCCGGCACAGCGCCAGGCGGCAGCUAAAAUGGCACUGCGCAAGCAGCUGGAAAAGACUUUGCUACAGGUGAAAGGGAGAGACUUAAAACCAAAGAGAAAAGUGUAACUAAAACAUUUGUAAAUAUUAAAUAGAUUCCCCCCAAAGCCACCACCACCAGAGAUGCACUUUAUACCAAAUCCCAGCAACACGGAUUUUGUCUAUUUGCUGGGACUGGAGACGGUCGUUGACUUUUUGACUGUCAACAAGAAGGCCAAUGCUGUGGCAGCACCCUUCCGCUGUGCCCAAUGCAAGAUUGACUUUACACCCGUCUGGAAGUGGGAGAAACAGACCAACAAGGAUCCCAAGGUGAUUUGCGAGCAGUGCGUCACCUCGAAUGUGAAGAAGGCUUUGAAGGCGGAGCACACCAAUCGACUGAAACAGGCAUUCGUCAAGGCCCUGCAGCAGGAGCAGGAGAUCGAGCAGCGUUUGGCCAGCCAGAGCAGUCCAUCGCCCGUGGACACGCAUGCCUUGAACAAUGUCAGCGCCUCGCUAACCGUGUCCGCCGCCAGCAACUCCUCGUCGCAUUCGCAUCAACACCAGCAGGCGCUGCAGCGCGAGCGAGAGCGUGAACAGCUUCAGGCGUCGCAUGCCUCGGCAGCGGCGGCACUGGUCAAUCUGCCGCCCUCUGUCACGGUCAUACCGACCAAGUGUCAGACGCCAACGCCAGCGCCUAGACCCACGCCGCCGCCACCACAAAACCAGCCCACACCACCGCCCAGCACACCGCGUUCGUCGCGUGCCGCCGCCACAGCUGCAGCGGCGGCCAUAGCUGCCCAGCAGGCAGGUAUCCUCAGUCCAGGACCCACGGCAGCGCACCACCAUGAGCCAGCGUCCUCGUCGCGCUCAUCACGCAACGAUCGCCACGAUCAUCAUCACCACCAGCAACAGCAGCAGCAACAACAGCAACAACAGCAGCAGCAACAACAGCAGCAGCAGCGUGACCAGCAACGGGAGCUGCAGCAACAGCAGGCACAGAGCUAUGACAAGUACUCGGCAGCCACGCUGGCGGCGGCAGCACAUCUCAGUGCCAUGGGUGGCAUGAACCUCAAUCUGGGCAACCUCAGCAAUCUGGGUAAUCUCAGCCAGCUGGGCAAUCUGGCGGCACUCGGCGGACUGGGCAACUUUGGAGCCUCAUCGUCGGCCAGCAGCAAUCAAGCUGCUGCGGCAAUGGGCAACAACUCGCCGGCAGCCACAGCGGCAGCCAUGCAGGCUUUCCAACAGCAGCUCUUCAGAGCAUUGGGUCAGGGUCUGGGUGGCAAUCCACAGCAUAUGAUGCAGUUGGCACCGCUUUUGUACUCCUAUCAGGUGGCCAUGGCGCAGGCGGCCCAAGUGGCAGCUUUCAACAAUAACAACAAAAAGAGCAGCUCGUCAUCGGGCUCGUCCAAGAACUCGAGUAAUGCCAACAGCAUGGCGGAUGUACAGCGAGCGGCGGAGCUGCAGCGUCAGUAUCUGUUGGAGAUGAUUCCACCACAGCAGCAGAGCGGAGCAAGUGGCAGUCGCCAGAACAACUGGAAGGCCUAAGGCUACCAACCAACAACCACAACAACAACUAUUCUUAUGGUUUUCUUGAUUAGGAAAUUUUAUAAUUUAAACAGAAAAGAAUAAGAAGGAGAAUGCAGAAAGAAAAACAGAAAAAACUAAUAAGAAAACAUUAAAUAUAAACGUAACUAUUAAUUAUGCUAUUUGUAAACAAUAAUUAUAUUAUAAUUAUACAACAAUUAUACAAAGCAGAACAAGCAACAAACAAAAACCGAUCUAAGCCCAAUUGUUAGUAGUUUUUCCUUCGUUUCGUUAGCCACUUUAUGUCAUUGAUUUACAAUACAGAGCAGAGCAGCAGAGCAGAGCAGCGCAGAGCAGGGCGCAAAACGAUAAGCCACGAAUAUAUUAUGUAUGUAGCAAACGAUAAAUGAAUGAAUGCAAAAACAACAACCUUUAAGCUCCUAGUAAUUGAAUAUAUUAUAUAUUAAAUAUGAAUAAUAAUGAAUGCCUAGCCGUAAGACGAUUGAUUGCCCCGUUUUCUAGGGGCCACAUCCAUACCCAUCCCUAAGCCCGACUCCCCCCACAAACAAAAGAUUUUUGUAAUUGUUAAACCAGCCUCUUUGGGUAUUGUGAAACACUGCGAUGGGCGCAAAUAAGUCCCAGAAAUCGAGAGAUGAUCAACCAUUUUGCCGUACAAUUUCUUUAGUUUUACCAUCGUGACUAAAUAUAUAAAUUAUAUUUUUUAAUCAAUUUUAAGCGUAUGACUAGUAAUUAGUUGUAAACCAAUUUUUUAGGGUAUAAUAAAUUACAGAAAACAAAU